UUCACAAAUUGAAAGCUGUGACGGGCCAACUUCACAGUAACACGCAGACGUCAUUGACUAUUCCCGAUAGCCCUUAUCUUCCUCUAUAGGUGAGCUGCAAUGGCAAAAGGGGGGACAGGUGUUGAUCUCACCAGGAAGUUUGUUUCAGAAGCCGAGCUUGACGAGAGGAGGAAAAAAAGACAGGAGGAGUGGGAGAAAGUUAGGAAGCCUGAUGACCCUGAGCAGGUCCCUGAGCAAGAGUAUGACUCGCGUUCUCUCUUUGAGCGUCUGCAGGAGCAGAGAGACAAAAAGCAAGAGGAAUUUGAGGAACAAUUUAAAUUCAAGAACAUGGUGAGGGGAUUGGACGAUGAUGAGACCAGCUUCCUGGAUGAGGUUUCCCGGCAACAGAGCUUGGUGGAGAAGCAACGCAGGGAUGAAGAGAAACAGGAACUGUUGGAAUACAGAAGUGCUGUGGCAAAGCAAGUAUCCUCUGACAGCCGCCCAGAGUCUGAGAAGAAGGCAACAGCUAAACAAUCAGUGGUGGAGCAGAGGACCAGCCAUUUGUCUCAAGCCCAUUUACUGGCUGGUGCUGUCAAGAGACGCAGUUCUUCACAGUCAUCAGACAGCAGUAAGAAGCAGAAGGUGGAAAGUACGGCAACAGGAAAUGGAGAAAGUCAUACAGAGCAGGAGGCAGGAGGAGGGCGAAGACCAGCGGGAGCUGAAAAUCAACAAACUGUCACGGGCCUGACGCCCAAGAGCCCAUCGACCCCCCUUAAUUCCAGUCCGGCUCUGCUUCACCUGCCCUCGGCGGCGGUGUGCAUCGGCGUCCUCCCGGGCCUCUGCGAUUAUUCGGGCAGCAGCGACUCUGACAGCAGCUCGGACAGCGAAGGUAGCGUGGAUGCAAUCAUGUUGCCGUACCCGAGGCACAGCAGAGCCAGUAGAUAGUCUGUUUCGCAACCGAUACUCUGACACAUGCACACGUUCAUAACAAAACAGUGCAUUGUUCUGAGAGGUACGCUUACAAUGUCACAAGAAAUUAGUAGUCAUCGUUAUGAAAGGAUGAAUACAGUUUACCAUACAGUGGUGAGUACUCAAAAGUUUCCGCAAGCUCUCUGUGCUAUUAUCCUUGGCUAAUAACUAACAGUAACAUUGCUGUUAGGGAUGGGCCUGAUAAUUAAUGGUCAAUUAAACAUUCGUUUUGAAUAUUGU